UUGAAUCUCGAAAAAUCUGUAGCUUACAGCUUCCUCUCGUAAAAGCGCGGCAAACUAAGAGAGGUUCCACAUAACACAAAGGAAGGAGCGAGAACUGAAGCAAUGGAAGACUCGGGUGCAAUUCUGUGUCAGAUCUCUUCGCUCAAGGAUAUGCUUGAUCAGGUGAACGAAGAAAUUGAGGCGAACAUUCAGGCAACGAGAGAGAUUGAAUCACAAAUAGUGAAGUCUGCGGAAGUCGAAAGCGCGUUGGCUGCUCGAGAAUCGGAGCUGAUGAGAACUGCAUAUGCACUGCAAUUUGAAAUCGAUGGCUUGAUGAGAGUUUAUGCUGAUUCAGAGACCUCUCUCAAACAUUUGGACGAAAAGAUUUGUUGUCUAAGAACGAGGAGCGAUGACAUACUUAUGAGUAUGAAUAACAGAAGGGAUGCAUUCAUGGCGUCGUGCCUGGCUUUUCAAAAUGAAGUUUCUGUAAAAGAUAAUGAUGAAGUAUGCACUUUGCUAGCAGAGAAAGAGGUGCUACAGAAUGAAGUUCAUAGUUUAAACAAGAAAACCAAAGCAUUGGAAAGUUCAACAGCAGCUUUUGUGGAAGAGGUUCUUGAAGAUCUUCAGCACGCGACGUCUGCUUUAGACGUCGAAAUAAGAAGUGGCAAUAUUGAGAAUGAGAAACUGCUCAAAGAUAUUGACGAAUUAAAGAGAACAUUGUCUUCACUUAUGUUGGCCAGAACGCAGGAAAUGCAGGUAUCUGGAGCUGGUAAUGUUUUAAUCCGCUGACCAGUGAUAGUUGUUCAAGUCACUUGUAUGCUGAAGUUAGCCGUACUUGAAUCUGUCAACAGAUUACUUUCAAUAAUUCUAAAGCUUUCAGCUCCAAACUUUCAUAGUAGUUAAAUGUGAAAUAAUGCGUUUGACUCGUUGCUGCUAGAUUUUCUAACACUUCUAGUUCUAGUUAAGAGUGUUCAAAGUAAAGCAGGUGAACAUGUGAACGAUCCAGUGAACAGCUUAGUUUGAUUAUCAUUGUUG